CAUUAAAAACGUGUGGUGGUUUGCCAUUACGACUCACAUUAAGCUCACCAUGGCAUCCUUCAAACUUGGUUUCUUCCUUCUUGCAUGUGUCUUUGCUUUCCUCUUUCUUUCUACUCCAACUCAGUGCAAAGAUGAGGUGGAUAGUGUAUACAAGGGAAUCAAUAGCUUCAGGCAGACUAAGAACCUUUCACCCCUGAACCGUGUUCCCAAGGCAUAUUGUUUAGCAGAUGAGAUAGCAGAAGAAAUGGAAGACAUACCAUGUGAACAAGUGAGUCAAUACUACCCUGGUGGGAGCAUGCAAAUCCCAAAAUUGCAGAAGCACAUUGAUAAAUGUGACAUCAACAUCACCACCACAAGUGAUGGGGUCAUUCUCCCAGUUUGUGUGGCCAAAUUGGAACCCACUGUUGUGCUUUCCAACUACACUCAUUCUGAUGUGUAUGCUAAGUAUCUUAACAAUUCCAAGUACACAGGUGCAGGGCUUGGCUCAGAGGAUGAUUGGAUGGUGCUUGUUCUCACUACCAACACACCCACUGGAACUUUCGCUGCUGAUGCAUCUACUUUGCAUGCUGGGGUUGAGUUUUUGCUCUUGGCUUUGUUGGUUCUGCUGAUUAACUACUUAUAUUGAGCACUUUCUUUCUUCCUCCCUUUUGUGAAAAUGUAAUGUAGUGUGGACUUAAUUAGGAACUAAAUUGUGUCUGGUGUUAUUUAUAUAUCUAACCCUUGUACUAUAAUCAGUGUGAUUCAUUUCUAUUGU